AUGAAGAGCAUCGGGUACAACAUCAUAAACAAUGAAACCCGGAAAAUGCAAAAUCUCAAGGAAAUUGAAAUUCAUGCUAUUACUGCUGAAAAAGGAUCGGUAAAUUCCGCACCGUUCUGGAAUAAUUUGGGAAGUGGGAAAAAUGACUGGUUUCGAACCGGUCGAUUGACAUGUGAAAUGGAGGGAAGUUGGAGAGAUUUUUGUGCACAAUUUACAGAACACUUAUUGAACAGUGAAAAUGUUGAAAGUAAAAUGUGUCCGAAGGAAUUCGAAAGAGUGCUUGCGUUAGAUUUGCAUAUUCUUCAUUUAACGAAACGUGAAGAUAAUAGCGAUGUUCCGAAAUCGUAUCAGCGUGGUCCGGAGAGAGCUUCCAAUAUUUUUGAUUUCAUCAAAAAUUAA